GGAGGUUUGGGAGUUGGCUUUUGGAAGGUCUAUUCUUGGCCUUGGCUACCACACAAAACUUAAAUUGAAUCAAGUUUUCCACUAGUUUUUCUCUUGUGGGCCUAAGAGAGCUUUCUCUGACUAUCAUUACAACUGUGACUUUUAUGUCUAUGUUGGGUUGGUUGGUUAUCUCACCCUCGUAAUGCACCCUAGUAUAUCUAAAUCCAUCCAGACUUUAUAACUUGAGUCAGUGUUUCAUGUCUGUAAACUCCUAAAAAUAUCCAAGGAGAUUCUGCUGAUGAGGACAUCAAAGUCAAGCAAUAUCAACGCAAUUGAAGCACAGCUACUAACACACGAGAAAUCUACAAUAAGCGGUAACAAUCCUACACGCACAUCCAGCAGUUUCUUGGACAAAGGCAAAAAAAUUCAACUUCCAACAUUGCCUGCCUCUCACUUCAGUGCGUAUUAGAUGACAAAUACAUAGAAAUAUACAUCUCUUCUUGAAACAAAUGGCAGAACACGGUUCAUUGGACUAGUGCCGAUGGAUCCACCAUAUUAUCCAGCUGUUUUGAUGAAGGCUGGUCUUCUAAAAGCAAACCAUUAGUUGUCGUGUCAUCAAGCUGCGAAAUCAA